GGCCAUUUCUGCUGCAGGGACGCUCCUGAGCCGCACUGUGCAUUGCCCUGCCCCUCCCCGCAGAUCGCCGAGAGAGAGACCCUUCCCCCCCUUCCCUCGUGCAUGGCAUCUGAUCCCGGGCGUGUGCAGGGGAGGAAAGAGGAGAGCGAGCGAGUUACUCUCGGGAGGUGGAAAUUGACUAGCCAGCGAGGCUGACGUGUCGGGUUUGCUUCCUGCCCUGAUGUACCCCUUCAGUGUCACAGCUAUCAUUGGCGUGCUGGCCGUGUACCUUGUGAUCGGCUAUGGAGCAUCGCUACUGUGCAACCUGAUUGGAUUCGGUUAUCCUGCCUACAUCUCAAUCAAGGCUAUUGAAAGCCCCAACAAAGAUGACGACACACAGUGGCUGACCUAUUGGGUUGUGUAUGGCAUCUUCAGCAUAGCAGAAUUCUUCUCUGACAUCUUUCUGUCCUGGUUCCCUUUCUACUACAUGCUGAAGUGUGGUUUUCUGGUGUGGUGCAUGGCUCCAAGCCCUUCCAAUGGAGCAGAGUUGCUCUACAACCGAAUUAUCCGUCCUUUCUUCUUGAAGCAUGAGGCUCAACUGGACAAUGUAGUGAAGGAUCUGAAAGAUAAAGCUGCAGAAACUGCGGAUGUCAUUACUAAAGAAGGUGAGACCAAGAAUGUAAUCUUGACCUCAAGGACUGGGAAUUUACCUUGACAAUUUCAGGGCUGACACCUUUCAAACCAUUUUUUUUUGUCUUAAAAGAUGCUGAUUUGGCAGGGGUUUGUUGGGGUGUGUAUUGCUUUGGUUCUUGUAGUGAACUUCACUUAAGGCGAAAGUAACGGGGAGAGAGGACUUAGAUGUAGAGAAUACUUCUUUCAUGUGUGUCCGUGCUAAGCAACAGAACCCUUGAAGGACGUUGCUUGUAUGAAAUGGUCCAGUUGUUUUGCUUGUCCAUACAACUGCUUAGCAUGCCCAUAAAGUUGUGGUGUUAGGAUAGAACACCACAGGGAUAAACACUUCAUUCAGCACAUUGCACAAGGCAAUCACUACAACUACAGGUAUUGUAAUGAAUUCUGGGUCACCUGAAGUACUUAAGAAUGUGGCGCUGUGGAAAAACUGGCAGAUGUUUAAUAUGACGAAUUGUUAUUACU